GAGACCGCGAGACCGGCGCCGCCGUAUUUCGCUAUGUGUUCUUCAUAUCAUAGAUCAAUGGUAUUGAAUGGCAUUUCCGGAAUAGAUGCACCAGGUGGUAACACUGUAGGGGUAUUGUCAUCGACCGGGGAUGACCUGGAGUUUGGUCAAUCUAGGGGCGCCGUAUCCCGGAAUACUGUACUCCAGAACCGAGCAACCCGACCAGAAGAUCUCAGAGUAACACCUUGGUAUCUCGAAGAACAACAACCAGAUUCCUCUCCAGGACCGUACGAUCCAAGCUCGUACCCCUCCUACUCGUACAAUGAUAAAGACGUGGCCAGGCCUGAUCUGGCCUCCACCAGGAACAAUAGCGUCGAGAGUGAACAGCCUAAACCACCAGGUUCAGCCGCGCCACGUAAGGCCUACAUGGAUCUAAGAGAUGCCAUUGCUCUCUUAGAUGAAACUUGUCCGAAUCAAGAAGCCAGUCCUUCUCUCACGCCUAGGACACCUCGGACGCCUUUGACGACUCACCCUAGGAACAAGAGGGCACGUUCUAAGAGCAGUGACAACACAUCUCAUUACAGCAACGAGCGACUAAGCGAUAAAGGUCUAGAUUCCUCGCGUUCCCAGGAUCCGAAGGAGAAAAAGCGACCCUUCCUAAGGAAGAUUGGAAUAUCCAAGACAGAGGAUCGGCCAUUUCUGGCGAAACUCGCACCACGUAUUAUCAGUAAACCAUACCUGGAGAAGAUCGGUCCCAGUAAAGCUAUUGAGAAGCCAUUUUUGGAUAAGACAGGUUCCUCCAAGACCUUGGAUAAAUUCACGUUUGAUAUACCACGUAGAAGUACGCCAAUGUCCGCAAAGGGCACUAAUCCAAUUAAUAAACUCAGUCAAGUAUCAGGUAUAACGCCGAAGCCGGACGUGGUUCAGGAACUUCCUGAGACUACCUCACAACCUCAGACAGUGAUGGAAUCUGAAAAACAACCUGUAGCCGCCGUUGAGAGACGUCGUUCCCGAAAAGGAUAUCUACUCAAAAUGUAUUCCUUUGAAACAGAGGACCUGAACGAUUCUAAAGGUCCAAGGGAUUCAUUAAACACGAGUCAUCGAGAUCCUCUAAGAGGUGCAUCAUUAGACGAUGUACUAGAUUCCGGACCCAGUUCUUUACCACCAUUGGAGGAUACCCAGCAAGAAAUAGUAGUACCAAACCUGCAGCCAAAGUCAACAAGCGUCGCCGAGCUGGUAAAAUGUAAGAUAACAUCAAGCGAAGAAAUCAUCUCUUCGAGUUCUUGUUUAGGCUCACCACGCGAAGCCACGUCCUGGGGCAAUUCACCGAAGAGAAAAAGUGGCACUACCCCGGAGACACCCACAAGGAGAAAACGGGAAACUGAAUCUAGGGACAACCCAGGUAACCCUGGGAAUGGAUUAUUCAAGACUGUGAGUUCUCCAACCAAGAGAAGGAUUUCUAAUAUGUCACCAGAAUACGACGAGGACGUUUUCUCCAAGGAUUUGGGAGCAUCGCCGACAAAGACUAGACGUCAAGCAUCCGAAGACAUCCUGGACAAGAUGGACGAUAACAAAACAAGCGAGCAUAUAAUGCACCGAAUAAAGCAGGAACAUUUUGAACGUCGUGGCAUCUCCUCGGACAACCUAAAGUUAUCUAAGGAUCACUCCACUCUAGGAAUAGUCAGUAGUGAGUCCUCCGUGAGGUAUCAGAGUCAGGAUGUUUGUAAGCGCGACGCCUUUUUCGAGCCCCAGGACAGUCUGACGAUAGGUUCCAAAGGAUCUGUCGCGAGCCAAGACUCUUCGAAAGAGGCCUUCAGGCAACUCCACAAUAAAUUCGAACUUCAGAACGUUCCUCCAGAAAGUUACGGCGUAUUUAGACGUCGUGCCCGGGAAGCACGUCAGACUGAACGUCAGCGAAUACUACCACGUGGCAUUGCAUUCUCCCAAACGGACGGAGAAGACAGUCAAGAAGUCCAGACGGCAUUGAUGUCCCCUGGAAAAGUCGGCAUGGAUUCUUCAUCAGACACUAUGUCUAAAGAACGUGGACACUCGGUCAGGUCGGUCCUGAGAAAGCAGGAAAAUAUAGAAGCUAACUGCAACGACCAGGAAUAUGAUAACAAGUCUCUGCGAAGACCGAAGAGAAAAAUAUUCCACGAGCCUUCCCAGGAGACGAUGGACCUGCUGACCGAAUUGCGCAAAGUGAAGAGUCUGCUGAAGACACCAUCCGUUGAAAAACCCGACGUCCUCGAGGAUGAAAAAGCCAUACGCUUACCUAAGAAAAUCUUACUCACCGAUAAGGAAUUUUGUCUCUCAAUUGAGAGAGAGAAUAGCGUGCGAAGACCAAGUCAACUCAGUGCUUCAAAGGAUGACCAGGGUAAUCUUAUGAACACGCUGGAGUCUCAUCCUCAGGAGAAGUCCUUGGAAUCAGCAUUAAACUCUGAAGAGAGCGACGCUAAGGAAGUUUAUCAAGAGGAACCAAGCGUCAGGAUGGUCCCAGGACCUGCCCUCUUUGAGAAACGUUGUCUUUCCCUGGACUAUGUUGAUGACGAGAGACCUCAGCGACCCGAAACCAGGGCGAUCUCUCUAGUAUCGGCAAGAAGUCCCCCAUCAGAGACUGAGGAGGCUAUCGAUUCUUCAGAGCUCGCUUUGAUCUGUGACUCCAAAAGUUAUUGCUCCGACGUGUUCAAUACUCCAUCGGAGGAGGACAAGGACAAGGAUAGGAGCAUCCUGGCGGAGUCCAGGAUGAACCAGUCAGUAGGAUCCCAUGGUAAUCAUUGUUCUGAAGUAGACAUUGCCAUACCUGUCGAUCAGAAGAGCAGUCCCAAACGCAGGGUGCAGAUACAGGGUCGUACUAGUGACCUUUAUGAAAUAAUUUCACCGCGCUCGACUCCCUUCAGGGUCAAGAAGAGACUCGGACGAAUAUCCGUCGAAGAGACUGUCAAGCAGGAAAGCUUCACUCUAGGUAAGGUCGACUGCAGAUCUGUCGUCGUCCAAAAGAGGACCAAGUGCUUCCCCUUAUAACAGCGAAGAAGCCAAACGGCCUAAAAACUGGAAGCCUAAGACGUGCAUUCACUUCGUAUACCUAUUGGCGAAGGAGUCUACUCGAAAAUCAUCCCUUGGAAUACUUCCUGGACCAUGUUUUCUAUCUGACAACUAGAUACAUUGAAGUACAAGACACGGUGAAUCAUAGCGGCUAAUAACAAGUGAUCCAGCAACGCGAAACCAUCUUGUCGAGCAGUGCCUUGUUCAUGGAUACACUUAUCUAAUGGAGUCUUAUUGAAGAUAUUUAAAGAAAAAAAAAUAUUAAAAAUGGAAAUUAAAUUCCGACGCUCGGGCCGGAUAUUUCUGAGAGGGUCCACGGAGUUGCGCUUACGGUUACGUAAGAGCUGAGCCAUUAUCUCAUUAAGCAUAGAGAGCCUAUUUAAUAGAAUUAUUCAUAUUGUCCUAGUCCACAAUGGUACUGCGUUGCGUAACUCGCUUCAAUCUCUACAGAGUGUUUCAAAAUGUGUCUAUCACUGUAAAUGGACAUUCCUAAAAAAUGCUGAACCAGUGUAGAAGCUAGAUUGAUACACGUAAAGGGGAAUGUAAAAUUAUUAUAAUCUAUAGUGUGUUUCAAAUUUUACAGUAAUCACAGGAUAACGAAAUGGAUGGUAAACUUAUAUUUGGAAUUCCCUGUAAAGAAUGGUAAGGCGGGAUAUUACGCAAUCGAUUAUCGUAUUUCGUUUGAAUUCUAUUAUUUUGCUAAUCGCGAGUGAAUGGACGGGUAUACGUAACUCUAGUUGUUGUUGUUGUUGUUGUUGUUGUUGUUGUUGUUGUUGUUGUUGAUAUUAUACGGGGGGAGCCGGGUAGCGAUUAUUUAUUUACAAGAGGAGGAACGAUGCGACCAAAUGCGAUUUUUUUAUUUUUCAACUAUACCGAUCGUCGUUCACGAAAUAUUUCUAUUAUCUUUUAUGUACCGACUGUUGCCUGUACGUGGCGCGAGAAUCAACCGAGUCUUUCGAUGGUUUCGUCCUGCGAUUACGUAGUGCGAAUUUAUGAAUUUGAAGAAAAAAAAUAGAAAAAAGAAGACCAACAAAUAUUUUAAAAGAGAAUCGCGUUCUUUUUAUGUGUCUCUGAAAAAAAAAAGAAAAAAUAUUACAUUUUUAAUCGCUUCUUUCAAUUCUUUUUCCUUUUUACGACGCGCUCGGUACAGCCUUUCGGAAAUGCCGGACAAACGUCAAAACGGCGCAACUCCCACACAGCCGCGUUCGCCUGCCACGCCGAUCCACUUGAGCGAAGAAGCGAGUGACGUUUUAUGAGAUAUUAUACGACUAAGAAAAGAAAAUUGUGAGAAAAGAGGAAAAAAUAAAACACGGAAGAAUUAGAUUAUUUGAAUAUAAGUAUAAAAGUAACGAUGAAUUGCUGAGAUUUGAGG